AUGGCUGCUCCUACAACUCGGCAGGUCACUUACGAGUCUACCACAACGACUAAUGACUCGCCAGAAAAGCGAACGUGCUCACACUCAAAAUGGAGUUUUGGGGUUCUCAAUGAUAAGAAAACUAUAGAAGUUCCAGGUUCCGUGUUGCUGCUCGCUGCGGACCGCAACGAGCCUCUAGGUCUACAAACCCUCCACGCGCGCACAUCGCACUCAUCUAUUCCAACUGGAUUUCCCGUUGAUUCUGAUAGACUCUCAAUCAACCAGCGGACAUUGCCAGAGAAGAAAAGGACUCAGGAUGGCACUAUAAUCCUUGAUCCCCAGCCAGAUGAGUCUGCAAAUGAUCCCCUUAACUGGCCUGGAUGGAGGCGAGACUCCGCUUUGUUGUCGCUCGGCUUCUACUGCAUGAUUGGAGGUGGAAUAGGAUCGUUCAUGGCUGCCGGAUUCACUAAUAUUGCUCACGACUAUCACGUUAGUGUGGAAACUGUCCCAUUAGUUGUCGGUCUCUACAUGGCAGGUCUCGGCGUCGGAGGGGCUGCAGGCCAAGAUCAUGCACCGAUCAAUUUGGAGAGCCGGCAAGAAAAUGAUGACGACAACAAACAGUCAGAGAUGACGCCGGCCAUUACGUCCAACGAAACACCGCCAGUUGAGAUCGCGGGGAAAGCUUGUAGCGGCCAAUUCAAUAACACAGAUCAGCAGAGCAAAGUGAAGGAAGUCGACUACGUCAAAACUCUCAAUACAGAGCUGGAAGGGCAACGAGGUGGUCAGACCUCAACCAGUGUCACCCCGUCCAUCAAGGCAUACACACAUGAGCUUCGCCAGAGGCCCGCCCAGUCUUUCUCGAAACAACUCAGACCAUAUCACGGCCGCUUAAAUAAUGACAAGUGGCUCAAAGUUAUGGUGCGCCCCUUUGUCCUCUUCGCGUACCCAUCCGUGCUGUGGUCGGCAGCAGUGUAUUCAUGCUCUAUCGGCUGGCUUAUGGUUGUAUCCGAGAUUAUGGCCAUCAUCUACCGUGACCCAACGUCGUAUAACUUUACCUCCCUGCAGACAGGCCUCGUCUAUAUUGCUCCGUUUGUGGGUGGCAUUCUCGGCACUGCUGUAGCUGGCCGGGUUAGCGAUAUAGUUGUCCGAGCCAUGUCCUCGCGUAAUGGCGGGCUGUACGAACCCGAGUUCCGCCUCGUCAUGGCAAUACCUAUCACACUAGCUACGUGCAUUGGCCUGAUGGGCUUUGGGUGGUCAGCUGAGGAAAAAGAUCAUUGGAUGGUUCCGACUAUCUUCUUUGGAGUCCUCUCGUUUGGCUGCUCUCUAGGCUCAACAACAUCAAUUACCUUUUGUGUGGACAGUUAUCGACAAUAUGCUGGCGAGGCACUAGUGACGCUAAACUUUGCUAAGAAUAUCUUUCAUGGAUUAGUAUUUAGCUUGUUUGUUUCUCACUGGUUAGUCGCUGAUGGUCCAAAAGAGGUAUUUAUGUGGCUGGGAAUAAUGCAACUCGUCUUGCAGAUUACCACGAUACCUAUGUUUAUAUUUGGCAAGCGGGCCAGGCUUUGGACAGUGAGGAGAAAUUUCAUGGAAAAGUUUUAG